UCCGUCCACGCCCGCGCCCCCACGGGACAAACGACAAGGCCCGCAAAAGAAAAGUGUAAACGAUAAAAAAGAAGAUCCUUCUCUUCCCUGCUGCCCCUCCGCGGAGACCUUCCCUGCGUCGCCUUCCCCCAACCCCCUCUCUGCCUCCUCAGCCGAGCUCAGCUCAGCCCGGCCCAGCUCCCCUACUCACUGCCCUUCUGCUUGUCCCCACGUCGCCAUUGUCGCUCGGCCGCAUUUCGCGCGACGUCGUCCUCGCGCCAACCGCACCGAACGCCAUAAUGCGGGGCGAGCAGUAGGUGGGUACACUACGCUCGGCUCGAGCUCCUUUUUGUUUCUCCUCUGGGCUGGAGCGGCCCGCCCCGCGCGCGCGCGAUGGGGUGCAAGGGCUCCAAGCUGGACAGCCAGGAGGCGGUGGCGCUCUGCCGCGGCCGCGCCGACCUCAUCGCCGCCGCCGUGCGCCACCGCUACGCGCUCGCCGACGCGCACGCCGCCCUCGCCGGAUCCUACGAGGCGCUCGCCGCGCCUCUGCACCUCCUCCUCCGGCUCCAGGCCGAGCCGCCGCGGCUCUCGCUGCCUGAGGACCGCAAGGGCGGCGGCCGUCGUGGCGGUAUGCCGCUCCCGGACCGCCGUCAUUCCUCGCAUGUCGACUUCGAGCCCACGUCGUCCUCCGGAUCCGACUCGGCCUCCUCCCCGCCCGGAUCGCCUCCCCGCCGCGUCCCCGAGCAGCUGCUCCCGCAGCCGAGUUACUACGGGUACGCGCCCGAGCCAGCGUUCGCCUACCCGGCGCCGCCGCAGAGCACGAUGCAGUUCUACCACGCGCGCAGCCGCCCGCCCCCGGCGUCGGUCGCCGUCGCGCAGCGCCCGCCGGUGUCGGAGCGCGCGCGCUACGGGGAUUUCGAUGCGGCAACUGCUGGCGGCGGCUACCCGCAGUAUUACGCCUACGGCGGUGAGCCGGCCGCGGCACCGCCGCCGCAGAGGGCAGCGGCUCCGGCUCCGGCUCCACUUCCGCCGCCGAGGGAGAGCUCGUCGUGGGACUUCCUAAAUGUGUUCGAGAACUACGACGACUCGUACGACGGCUACUACUACAACCCCACCACCACCGCGGCUGCCGCAGCCGCCGCGUACACGCCGAGCCGCAGCUCGCGGGAGGUGCGGGAGGAGGAGGGCAUUCCGGAGCUGGAGGAGGACGACGAGGAAACAGUGGUCGUGAAGGAGAUGGCGAGCGAGUACUCCACGGUUGGAACCGGCCGCAGCCAUCGCGGCUCGUUCGGUCCUGUCAAUACCAUCCCGGAGGUCGACAACCGGAGGAAUGUACAACGCAGGCGACCAGCAUACCGCAAUGUGGCCCCGCUGACACGAGAGCCGCCGGCGCAGAGGGUCGUCGGCAAUGCGAUGGACGCCGCCACCGCCGUUAAGACGCAGCUUGUCCGGGUGGCGGAGGCAGCAAGGGAGCUCGCGCCGCUGCUCGAGGUCGGGAGGCCGAGCUACCAAGGACGCAACUCGGUCUACCACGCUGCUUCAUCACGGAUGAUGUCCGCAAUCUCUGUGGCGCAUCUGGGGUGCAAAGACGAGGACAUGUUGGGCAUGGUGAUUGGGGAAGAAGGCAAGGUGGUGGACUCGUGGAGCUUAUCCUUGACACUAGAGAAGCUGUACUUCUGGGAGAGGAAGCUGUAUGGCGAGGUCAAGGCUGAAGAGAAAAUGCGUUUACGCCUUGCCAAGAACUCUAAGAGACUAAAGCUUCUAGAUCAAAGGGGUGCUGAAGCUCAUAAGGUUGACGCAACUCGAAAUUUGCUCAGGAAGCUGUCAACAAAGAUAAGGAUAGCUGUUCGUGUCAUUGCCAAGGUUUCAAGAAAAAUUAACAAAGUAAGGGAUGAGGAACUAGUGCCACAAGUUAACACCUUGAUCCAAGGGUUUGCAAAAAUGUGGCAAGACAAGCUACACUCCUACCAGAUUCAACUUCAAGUGAUAUCAGAAGCCAAAAACCUGGCUUCGGUCACAUCAGGUGGAAACAACAGCCCUGGUUUAGCAAUGGAACUGGAGCUAGAACUGAUUAAAUGGAUCAUCAACUUUUCCUCCUGGGUGAGCGCGCACAGGAACUUCGUAAAGUCACUCAAUGGAUGGCUAGCACUCUGCCUCAACUACGAACCUCAAGAGGCACCCACCUACUCGCCCGGGAGGAUAGGCGCUCCGGUGAUUUUCGUCAUCUGCAACAAAUGGUCUCAAGCCAUGGACAGGAUCUCGGAGAAGGAUGUGGUCAACGCAAUGCAGGCCCUCGUGUCGAGCGUGCGCCAUCUGUGGGAGCAGCAAAACCUCGAUCAAAGCGAAAGGAUCGUCGCGGUUCGAGAGAGGGACAAGUGGAUGAAGAUGUUGGAGAGGAAGGCGCUGGAGAUCAACAAGGAAGGUGACGAGUUGAACAGGAAGCUGGCCUUGGUGCCGGGCCAGCAGCAGAGCUUUCAGCGGUGCCCGACGAUACGAACGUACGAGGCGCAUUGUAUCGACGGUAGCAGCGUGCACGUGAACCUGAGGCUGGUGCUUCAGGCUCUGGAGAGCUUUGCUUCCAGUUCCCUGGAAGCUUUCCAGGAGAUACCGAGACUAGAUGAAGAGGCGACAAGGUCGUCGAGAGGGAGUUCGAGGGUGCCACGGUGACCUGCUUGUAAGGUGUUGUCCAGAACUUGCGAUCUGUGGAUUUGGAUGAGUAGUCUGUAGUUUCAUGGUGAUGCUGGUGGCCUGGUGGCGUUUUGGUGGGGGGUUAUAUCCUCGUGUAAUUAGCUUUUGUUUCACUGAAGCGUUUGUGGGCUACACUUGUGUAAGAUAUGGCUAUGGUAGAUUGGUGGUA